AUGGCAUCAGAACAAGGUUUUGUUGAAGGACUCCGCUUCAUAGUACAGGAACAAGGUGCGGACUGUCUAGAUCUUGAAAAAUGUAAUAACAUAUUCCACGUCGCAUGCAAAGCUGGACAAGCUGAUGUUGUGAAAUUUUUGUUAACUCUGGAGGAAUUUGACAAAAGUGAAACUGUUCUCAAUAGCCAAUUUUGGUAUUUUUUAUUGAGUUCGUCAGAAACAAAUAAUAUCAAAGUAAUAAGUGUGUUACUUAGCAGUGGAAAAGUUAACAUAAAUAGAACAUCACCAGAGGGCGUUUCUUUUCUUUUUCAAGCUAUUGAAAUUGGCAAAAAACGACUUGCAGAUUAUCUUAUUGGGCAGGGAGCCGACGUUACAUUUGUUGGUAAAAGUACUCAGUUAGGAACUAUCAGUUGUACCUGCCUCUCAGCGAUACAAAUACCAUCUCUUCUUCCGAAUUUACUUAAAAGAGGAGGAAAUGCAAAUGAUGUAUACGAUAAAAAUGGACAGUCAGUUCUGAUGCUGGCAUUUAAAAAUUUUGCAGACCGAAAGACGAUAGAAGGAAUUGUACGCGCUGGAGCAAAUUUAAGCUGGAUAGACAAGUCUGGAAGAACAGUUUUCUCCAUGUUAAAAACAAUAGGUUUGACUCGUUUGUUUUACAUGAUUAUGUCUGAUCAGAGAGUUUUAUUGUCUAGUAUUUAG